UUUGUCUGGAAUGAACAUGAACUCAUCUGAGCCCGAGCCGUGUGUUGUCAUUGUGUUUAUCCCUUACCUCGCCUCACUGUAAGGUAGUUUCAUCCGAGAGUGGAGAAAUGUUUGGUUCUAUCUGGCAGUAUGUGUACACAAACUUCCUGAGAUACUGGCUAAAGUGGUUCAUCAGGCAGGUGACAGGAAAGUGUGAGCUGCAGAGAAUUUGCUCAGAUUAUACACCAGGAGCAUCAAGGACAACAAGAGCAGAAAACUCUCUUCAGGCAUCUAAGAAUAAGGUUUUAAGAGGAGCCUUGAAAACCAGCAGGGACCACGUGGAACAAUGUGUAGAUCAGAUUAUGAAGGCGAAGAAUAUAAAACCCCAGAAAGAUCCCCUAUUCAAGGGGAGCCUUCACAUCUGUCUGCUGCAGAUAACUGGAUACAGCAGCUUGUACACAUCUGUAGAAGAGUUGAGGAAGGAGGUCUUCAGCUCAGAGAACCCUGAGCACGAGGCCAUGCUUUUAAAGCUGUGGGGCUUGUUGAUGCCAGAAGUGAAACUGGAGUGCAGAAUAACUAAGCAGUGGGGAGACAUUGGAUUCCAAGGAGAUGACCCAAAAACGGACUUCAGAGGAAUGGGCCUUCUGGGUCUGAUCAAUCUUGUAUUUUUCAGUGAAAACUACACAGCAGAAGCUCGUCAGGUGUUGUCACAUGCAAAUCAUCCUAAACUAGGCUAUUCAUAUGCCAUAGUUGGGAUCAACCUGACAGAGAUGGCCUACAGCUUACUGAAGUGUGGAGCUUUGAAACCACAUUUCUACAAUACGGUCCAAGGCACGCCUGAGCUCAAGCACUUCCACCAGCUGUACUGUUACCUGGCGUAUGAGUUUGAUCAGUUCUGGGUCGCUGAACAACCAGAGAGCAUCAUGCUGUUCAAUCAGUACAGAGAAAAAUUCCACGACAAAGUCAAAACUCAUCUCCAGGACCCCGAUGUGUCUCUCACACUGACUGUUGGCUCUUAUUAAUGUGUUUUCACCAUUUUUUUAAACCCCCCGAUCACCUAAUUUGUCUGCCAGGAAUCGGAUGGUUUGGCUGAAUGUGACAGUACAUUUCAAACAAGCAUACAAACUAAAAAAAGUUAAAUUGUUUGUGUUUCAUUAGCGAUGGUGAUAAUUUUCCACAUGCAGCACAAAGUCCAACUCCCCAUACCUCAAAAAUGACCAUUCCAGUGGUUUUUGUUUACGAUGGAGAAGUGCGAGAAGACGAUAGUGGUGCUACAGAUUCACGAAGCUCUAAGCACUUUGGAGUAACUUGUGCAGAAGAAAACUCUGCUUUAACUGUCUUGUGCUAAUUUCCAUGUACUUUGUUCUCACAGUUUUCCUGCACAGGAACAUAUUAUUUAUGUAAAGAUCUCAUGACUUAAACCUAACUCUAAAUCUCCUCUGUUGUAUUCUCAACUUGGAAGUUGUACACAAUUUAAUUAGUCUUCACACAUGAAUAUAUUGUAUAUUUGUGAUGUGAAAUCCAAACAUAGUUCCUUACCCCAGCUUUCUUGAAUUUAUAUGUGCUGUGAUACAGAAUUUUAAAUAUUUUUAUGAGAUGUAAUUUAAAGGAAGACACGUCAAAGUCUAUAAAUCAACGUUUGACUUGAAA